UAGGCCUUCCAGAAGUAACAUGUCUUCUCCCACAACCUCUGUGCAGCCUUGCACAGGUUCCGGGGAGCUUGACACAGGGCAGGCUGACCUCCCAGCAGAGGCCCACUGUCCCAUAUGUAAGGAGAACUUCAAGAACCCAGUGACCAUCGAGUGCAGGCAUAAAUUCUGCCUCUCCUGCAUCAGUACGUUCUGGAAGGAUCGAAAGGAUAAUUUCUCCUGCCCUAUUUGCCACCUUAAAUGUCCAGAAAGGAAUUUUCAGAGUAGUCAGCAGCUGAGCAAACCCACUGAAGUCGCCAAGUGGCUCCCGGUAAGAAAGGGCCGGAGGCAAAGGCAGAAAGGACAGCGUUCCAGAGAGGCGCAGCCGUCGGCCCUUUCCUGUGGAAAGGACCAAGAGGUUUGCUCCCCCAGUCCCAUACGUCGCUUCGUUUGGCCCAUGGAGGAUGCCACCCUCUCUCAUAGGAAACAAAUUGAGUAUUACAUUAAACUCUGGAGGGAGAAAGUGGAGUCGGUUGAGAAAGUCCUUGCCACCCAAAGGAAAAGAUGGCUAGAACUGAAGAAAAGGGCGGAACGCAGAAGGGAAGAGGUGACGUCUGAAUACCAACAAUACAGGCUGUUUCUUAGGGAGGAAAGAAAGAACAUUCUUGAGGAGUUAGAAAAUGAAGAGCUAACUGGAUUAUUCAAAAUACAUGUCAACCUAGAAAUCUUCUCAGAUCACAUCGCUUCAUUGAAGCAUCUGCUGCGGGAGGUAAGGAGCAACUGUGGAAAGUCGGAACUGGACUUGCUGGCAAGUGUUAAAGACUCCUACAGGAGAUACAAAGGCUUAAAAUGCCCUGUGGCCUUCUCGCUUCAGCUGACAGAGUAUGGCUACCAGCUUCCUCCACAGUGUUCAGGCUUGGACAGAAUUAUCCAGCGGUUUCACGUGGAUGUACUUCUGGAUCCUGAAACAGCGAACUGUAAACUUCAGAUCUCAAAAGAUAAAAAAACUGCGCUGUAUCUGGGCAUGCAAACGGCACCGGCUAGCAACAGAAGAUUUCGCGGGUACCCCGUUGUUCUGGGGUCUGAGGGGUACAGUUCCGGCAGACAGUACUGGGAGGUAGACGUGGAGAACAAGUAUCAGUGGCUCCUGGGGAUUUGCCAAGAGCCCUUCCCCAGGACCAGGGUCAGGAGACAGACGAAUCCACAGUUCUCAGUGCACCACAAGUUACGGGGAGUUGGGCUAGACAAUGGGAGAACUUACGUCGCAUUGGGCCGUAAGAAAAUCCGUCUUCUGCCAAAGGUAAAACCCAAUAGGGUUGGAAUUUUUUUAGACUCCGAAAUGCAUGAGGUUUCUUUCUACAAUUUGUGUGAUAAGUCCCUUCUGUACAGAUUUAGGGACUGUCCUACCGGUGCACUGUGGCCUUAUUUCUACACUGGGAACGAUGUCUGGCCCCUGAAGAUCUGCACAUGCAAAGAUCCUGAGUGGUGAGAGGCUGGGCAACCAGCGAAUCUAGUCAGCGGGUCUGGCAUUUCGUUUUUUGUUUUGUUUUGUUUUUUUUCCAGUUUUCAUUCUAACAAUCACAAUAGUUGUUUUGGUUUAAUCUGCUUCAAGGAGUUCCAAAGGAGUCAGAAUACCUGCUUUAUAAAUCGUGGGACCUUUAAGUAAAUGUUUCUCCAGUCGUUGCCAGCAAAAACUUCAUCGAUGCCAGUCUUUGUAAACCACCUAUGUCUUUCCCUUUUAAUAAAAACCAAGCCCUUCACGGAUAGAAAACUCAUCUUGACAUCGUUCCCUGGCCCUGGCUCCCCACUCCCUGCCGUCACAGACCACCUGUCUCCUCUGCUGCUUUUUUUUUUUUUUUAUCAAUGACGUUGAACUUUGACCCAUUUAUGGUCAGGCACGGCUGUGGACACCAGUGCUGAGGUCACCAUCAACGACAGGAAGAAGGCACGGGAUGGCAGAGAAGCGUCUGCCAAGGGGGAUGCUAACGAGAGAAACGGGGACCAGCAGCUGACAGAGACGAAGAGGAGGCUGGAGAAGAUGCGG